AUGGAUGCUAAGCUUCAUCCUGCUUCCACCGUUACAAACAUCAAAAGCCUUAUUUCCGUAACCCUAGAGAUGGACAGCGGCUUUUACGCCUCAUGGAUCGAACUCUUUCGCCUCCACUGUCGUGCGUUCCAGUGGAUUUAUGCAACUAUAUCCAGUGAUCUCUUACACACCAUCCUGAAACCCAAUGCUACUGCCCAUGAAGGAUGGGUGGCUCUCGAAAAUAUCUUUCACGGAAACAAAAGUUCACGGGCUAUUCGUCUCCUUCACAAGUUCUCCAAUACAUGUCUUAGCGGCUUUCCAAAUGUAUCUGCAUACCGCCAGCAGUUGAAGGUUCUUUCCGAUCAACUUGCAAGUGUCGGUUCACCGGUUGAUAACCAAAGUCUAGUCUUACAACUGAUCAGCAGGUUAAAUGAACAAUAUGAGGGGAUCGUUACUAUUUUAGAAAAUCAAGAUCCUCUUCCCAGUUUCUAUGAUGCACGCUCCAAACUUAUUAUGGUGGAAUCUCGCAAAGUCGAACAAGCACUUCAAGCAUCUCAGACAGCCGGUACCGCACUCACCGCCAACUCUUCUCGGUCUGCCGGCAACAACAAUGCACCGGGCGACUACCGCACGGACGGACAAUAUGGUGGCAGAGGUCGUGGCCGAGUGCAAGACCCUUGUUAA